GCGUCCGCUUGUCCAACCGACACGGGCUUAUCUGCCCCUCCAGAUCUGAGGACUCCGUUUUGGAGGCUGUUGUCCUCUGGGAGAGGGUCCAGCGGAGUUCGAAAGAUGACUAUUACAGAGGGGCCGGGAUCAUCUCAAAGUAUGAAGAAAACCAUUGGUCACAGAGGAGUUGAUCCUACUGGAGAAACGACAUACAAAAAGACGACCUCCUCUGCCCUGAAAGGUGCCAUCCAGCUGGGUAUCGCACAUACAGUGGGGAGCCUCAGUCAGAAAGCAGAGAGAGAUGUCCUAAUGCAGGACUUCUAUGUAGUAGAGAGCAUCUUCUUCCCCAGUGAAGGAAGUAAUUUGACUCCAGCACAUCACCAUGGUGACUUCAGGUUUAAGACCUACGCCCCCAUUGCCUUCCGUUAUUUCCGAGAACUCUUUGGCAUUCGGCCUGAUGACUAUCUGUACUCGCUGUGUAACGAUCCCUUGAUCGAACUGUCCAAUCCUGGAGCAAGCGGAUCCAUAUUUUAUGUGACCAGCGAUGAUGAGUUUAUUAUUAAGACAGUCAUGCACAAAGAGGCAGAGUUCCUGCAGAAACUACUGCCUGGGUACUUCAUGAACCUGAAUCAGAACAAAAGAACGCUUCUUCCAAAGUUUUAUGGGUUGUAUUGCGUUCAGGCUGGUGGAAAGAACAUCCGUAUUGUUGUUAUGAAUAAUCUGUUGCCUCGCAGUGUGCCUAUGCACCUCAAAUAUGACCUGAAGGGCUCAACAUACAAGCGGCGUGCCUCUCCUAAAGAGAGAGACAAGAGUGUCCCCACUUACAAAGACCUAGAUUUCAUUCAGGACAUGCCAGAGGGCAUCCAGCUGGAGCCAGACAACUACAAUGCACUCUGCAAAACUAUCCAGCGGGACUGCCUGCUGCUGCAGAGCUUUAAGAUUAUGGACUACAGUCUAUUGGUGGGGGUCCAUAAUACAGAUCUGGCAUCUCGAGAGCGAGCAGGGGUAGUGGAGGGUGGUGGAUCUGAGGGGACCGUGACACCAGACCACAGGAGACCACAGAUUCAAAAAGCACUGUACAGCACCGCUAUGGAGUCCAUACAGGGAGAGGCCAAAGGGAAAGGAACCCUGGAAACAGAGGACCAAUGGGGAGGAAUCCCAGCACGCAACAGUAGAGGAGAGAGAAUAUUGGUCUAUAUUGGGAUCAUUGACAUAUUGCAGUCAUACAGAUUUAUCAAAAAACUAGAGCAUUCCUGGAAGGCCUUGGUUCAUGAUGGGGAUACAGUCUCUGUACAUCGGCCUGGAUUCUAUGCUGAACGGUUCCAGCGUUUUAUGUGCAACACAGUUUUUAAGAAAACACUAAAAUCAUCUCCCUCAAAGAAGAGUCGAAGUGGCUGUUCGAGUGUUGUGAGACGCCUUCCGAUGGGAAGCACUGCUUCUGCCCCCGGCAGUCAGACAGUUGCUGAUGCUAGACUUGUGUACCGUACUCACCUUAACCAGUCUGAUUUAGAAGGAGAGAGCGGCAUGCCGUCAGACAGACCGGACCUGCUUCCACAAACUGAUCCACUGGCUGGAAGCUCCAGUGAGUUUGCUGCCACUAAUGUGUCCUGCUCUUCACCGAGCAGCACAAGAAUGACAUCGUCUUCACCUCCUCAAAGGUCAGUAGGUGUGGAAGUGCAUAAAUCUGCAGUCACAGAGCCUGAACAACAGCGCCCUCCACAGCACUGGAGCUGAAUGCUUAGAUGAGCAGUUAAGCAUUGAAGAUGCGAUUUCACUCAAAGACAUCAUCCCAGAAACAGACAUUUGUUUUUAAGAGCAGAACGAGGACAGAGGAUGGUGAAGAAGAGCGUUAUAUCAGAGAUGGAGACACAGAAGCCCGCUUCUGAGUGCUUGUAUGGUGGGGGUUUUCUGUCAUUCGGAGCUUCGGAAGAACUCCAGGUUCUCUCACAGCAC